AUGCUUAUUCCCCGGCAUACAGUCCAUCCGUUAUUUGAAGCAUACGAAGCGCUAGGGAUCGACUCCAAAACCAGGUUAUCAAAUCUCGACAAGGCUCAGCAGUACGAGGUGCUGCGACGCUGGCCCGGGUUCUGGCCGAACAAUAUAUACACGUCUCUUAGAGAGGCAGCUGCUCAGUAUAAGAACGCUGGCGAAAAGUUUCCAAAAACUGGAUUCAAUACCAGCAAAGAGGAGUUUCUCAUAGUCAACGGUAGAAUGCUCUACAUUUGUCAAUGUUACCGAAUACUUUAUAAUGCAAUCGUCCAAGCCACCGAGAACGAAGAUACCUGUAUUGCCAUGACCGGUACUCCGGGAAUUGGGAAGUCUUGUUUCCUAAUUUACUUCAUCCUCCGGCUGUUGUAUGAGUCCACUGACGACAAACCAAACAUUGUUGUAUUUCAGCCCGCGCCUAAUAAGUAUUACCUUUAUUUCGGCACAGAAUUCGUCCACGUCGGGAGUCUCAACGACUUUGAGCAUGUUUUGGAACUGCCUUAUGUCUGGUACCUGUCAGAUAAUGCCAUAGGCCCCGAGGCAGUACGUGCAAAAACUGUAAUUAUGCUGUCACCAAAGAAGAAAGCUGAUGAAAUAUUGAUCAAAUUUCACGAGUUUUUCAAGAUUCUCACUGUCAGUGGCAAACUCUGCAUGCCGCUAUGGACCCUCAGUGAACUAUCAGCCUGUAGAAAAACAAUCUUUCCAGAUCUGGAUGAAGAUAUAAUGUGUGAGCUCUUUGAUAAGAUCAGAGGCAUACCAAGAAGUUUUUUAUUUGUGCCAUCAAAAGACCCAAAGCAUGCUAUUAAAGCUGGCAUAAGUCGCAUUGAGAGUGCUUUGAGAUCAAUUGAGGACCUGGUCAAAGUCUGCCAGUGCCUUGAUGAAAGCCAUGAGACAAUUCAAUUCAGCAGUCAACUACUGCAUAUGGUUCCUGAUCCAGUAAACUAUCUAUCAGCUAUAUGA